UUUCAGUCAUGGCGCUUAAUGUUUUAAAAAGUUUUUUACAACGUAAAGAUUUCUUUAAUUUACUCUUGAAAGAUGGUAAAAAGAUAUCGCAAAGCAGAGCAUAUUCAAUUGGAUUAUGUAGUGACAGUAAAGUUAAAGCAAAUUAUAUAGCUUUACGAAGCAAUGUAGCCAGAAACUGGCAAUUAACUUGUUUUUCAGUUAAGAAUCAAUUAUAUUCAACACAAAUUGCACAACAAAGUGAUAGUGAAUAUUGUAAUGAAAAUAAUAUUACUAUAAUUGGGGAUGAUGUACCUAGCCCAGUAAGAGAUAUUGACACAAGCAAUCUUCCAGACUAUAUCAAAAUUUUUUUGAAAGAGCAGGGCUUUACAAAACCAACAGUAAUUCAGUCUCAGGGUUGGCCUAUUGCAAUAUCUGGUAAAAAUUUCGUUGGUAUUGCUCAGACAGGUACUGGAAAAACAUUGGCGUAUUUAUUGCCAGCAGCUAUUAAGUUAAAAGAAAAUAAAGGACGAAAAGGAAGAGGCCCAAGAGUGUUAGUUUUGGCGCCCACUAGAGAAUUAGCAAAGCAGAUUGAAGUAGUUGCAAAGGAUUUUCAAAAAUUAUUAAAUAUAAGAUGUUUAUGUAUAUAUGGUGGUGUUAGUAGAACAGGACAAGCUGAAGAGUUAAGGGCUGGUAUUGAUAUAUUAAUAGCCACACCCGGUAGAUUAAACGAUUUUAUUAACAGUAAAGUCACAAAUCUAAGUCGCUGUACCUACGUUGUGUUGGAUGAAGCUGACAGGAUGUUAGAUAUGGGCUUUGAGCCUCAGAUUCGAGAGGCUUUGGAGGAAGUACCUCAUGACAGACAAAUUUUGAUGUUUUCCGCUACAUGGCCUAAGGAAGUACAGUAUUUGGCAAAGGAUUAUUUAGGAGAGUUUGUCCAAGUCAAUGUUGGUUCUACAGAAUUGUCAGCAAAUCACAACAUUCAACAGCAUAUACAUGUUUGUGAUCAAGAAGAAAAGAUGAACAAGUUUAAAUCAAUUAUGCAUGAUGUAUCAGGACAAGGCUUUGGUAAAAUGCUAGUUUUUACCAAUACAAAGAAAUUUGUUGACAGUUUGUCUCUUAUGUUGAGAAGAAAUGGUUGGCCAGCUGUAGGUAUACACGGUGAUAAGACUCAGUUUCAAAGAGAUAAUGUAAUUGAUAAAUUUAGAAGUGGUAAAAUAAAUAUACUUGUUGCAACUGACGUAGCAGCUAGAGGAUUAGAUGUGGAAGGGGUAACACAUGUAAUCAACUAUGAUUACCCCAAUACUUCAGAAGACUAUAUCCACAGGAUUGGACGAACAGGUCGCUUGCAGAAUACUGGCAUUGCUCAUACAAUCCUUACCAGUGAAAAUGCAAGACAGGCUAAAAGUUUGAUUGCUGUCUUAAAAGAAGCAAAUCAGGAAGUUCCGGAGGUCUUACAGCAGUUAGCCAAAGAAAAUGAGAAAAACAAGUACCAGCAAUCGAGAUAUGCUCCAAACAAGUACAAUUCACACACGAAUGGGAAGUGGAAUAAAUUUCGUAGUAAUAAAAUGUAUUAGAUACUUUGGUAUCAGUAAUUAAAUGUUAAGUGAUUCUGAUUAUGUCAAAAACGUAAAAAAUAUAGUGUAACUUACAAAUAGUUCAUAUUGUGCUAGAAGUAAAGAUAAAUAGACCACUGAAUAACUGUU